UUUGAAGAGCGACGAGGAACGAUAUAAAGAAGGGCAGACCUUGGGUUUCACUGAUGCACGGCUUCCAAGAGGCCACAGUCACAGUCACAGUCACAGUCACAGUCACAGCUAAUUCCAGGAGUCGCCGUCCCGUUCGUUUCGAAACAUUCAGUGCGCGGUCUGGGCUUGUCACGUGUUUGCGAACGCAGACGGACCUCUACAGCUCCAGAAGGUCAGCGAAUCACUAGCGGAAGCGUCUCCAAUGACCAUCGGAUAGGUUUCUACAGAAUAGAGGUGAAUUUGGUAUUUCGGACGACUCUUGGCAGGCAAGGAAGGAAGGAAGGAAGCGUUAGUCCUGUACUCGCCCGAGAACCGCUCUCCGCUCGUCUCUUCAACAUCCACUUAACACAGAUUCUCCACCAUGAGAAGUGGCAAUUCGCUAACCACCGCCCUCUCGCCAUGACUGAAAGAAUAGUGGUCAAGCAGUCGAAGGUCGACGAUGAUGCCAUCUCUCUCACCUCCACCCUGGCCUCGGAGUAUGGGCCGGACGAUGAAUUCAGCGUUGACAGAAUCCUGGCCGACAAGACUGAGGGUAACAAGAGGAAGUACCUGAUACUAUGGGAAGGCUAUCCUUUGGAGAAGGCAACUUGGGAGCCUCACAAGAAUAUCAAUGACGAGAUCUUGGAGGUGUGGAAGGAGAGAAAAUCCCGAGAGUCAAAGGGGCUUGAUCCGCCUUUCGACGUGGCGGAAUUUGACGCGUUGUUGGCGAGACUGGCUGCGGAGAAAGCAGAUCGGCGUCGACGUAGAAAAGCCAAGAGGAAGCGGCUGGGAAUGGCCGUGUCUCCAGCCCCAUCGGAGGCAGAUGACAGCGAUUCGAGUAUCGAAGCAAUUGAGGAGAAUGAGGUUGAGGAUGUGAAACCUGGAGCGAAGAGAAAGAGUAAAUCGCCUCCCAAAAGACCAGCAAAAGCAUUGAAGCCAUUGAACGGGCGACGAGGGAGUACUUCUUCCCUCGCUUCUCUUGAUACUGCUCGAACGGCCCCGGAGAAGAAGGCGUCGGGCAUGUUCAGACCAUCUCCGGACAAACUUCAACCACCUUCUCGCCAAGCUUCAGAGGGCUCUAGACACUCACGAACGUUAUCGCAGUCGUCUUCAGAUACACCUCUCUCCCGCAAGCGACCGUUGCAACGGCCUUCUGUCGAUCGGCCAGGCUCUUCAUCCUCCGACGGGCCGUUAGCUCUGAAACGUUCUAAACCUAGCGCAGCAGCACCAGCCAAAUCCGAUGUUUGGAAACUCACCUCUGCCAAGAAGUCUACGUCCAGCACCGAGCCGACGACACUUGCCCGGGGACUUCAUUCCACAAGAGGGGCGUAUACUGUAGCUAGAGGGAGAGUCGCAACACGUGGUGGAGGAAAUGUUGCCCACAAAAACGUCUUUCAAGCUCGAGAGCCCCCGAAACAACGUGGAAAUCUCCUCAAAAAUGCCAGAGAUGCUGCGAAGGUCCCAAAGAAAUUUACCAAUAUGCGUUUGCAUAGGAAGGCUGAGCUACAAGCAAGAGAUCUAGCGGAAGGUGCUCCAGAUAUUUCUGCUCUGGGUGGACUCUUUGAUCCGUCCAGGCCGGACUCUAUGGUCCCAAUCAGACCUGAGGACUUGAGAAAGGCAUCUUCAAAUAUGGUUUCGUUGGAAGAACCGAAUCCGUUGUUUGUAAACUCACGAGAAAACUCGCCAGUUGCAGAUGAUCCCUGGAGUACAAAGAGCCAUCAGCCACAACCUCCUGUGCAAAUACCACCGGCCUUAAGAGGAAUGUCGACAUGCCAUUAUUGGGACAAACAACAGAAGGAUAGUAACCAACCUCCAUGCCAGAUGGGGACCGCCUGCAAGUUUCUACAUCGCUACGUUGCAGGGUUGCCCAUAGCUCCCGCUCCGAACAGCCUUGGUGUAGAUCCUCGGAGGACAGAUACAUCGGGGAGCGAUGAUACUUGGAGCAACCCUCAAACGGCGCCAAUUGAGCGUAAAUUUCCUGCUGGUCCAGCACAAUCUACAUGCUUCUUCUGGGACAGAAAGAUGAAGGACCGGACCGAACCUGAAUGCUCCAGGGGCGAUGCCUGUACCUACCAACACCGUUACGAAGAAGGGAUGCCAAUUGCUCCGCCCCCGCCGGGCUGGGUUGGAGAUAUUCGGAGACCAAAUACAUUGGAUGGUGGUCAACGUGCACAUGGCCACCCUCAAGCACCUUCUACAGAAGAUUUCCCCCCCUGGCCUCAGGACUCGUCAGAAAACCACCCACAAGAUACAACACAUCCACCACCUCGGCAGAGAAGCUCUGGAGAUAUUACUCAGGCUAGAUCGGCAUACGAAGACGUCUCUAGCCAAAUCCCAGAUCUUAACAUUGUGCUACAGAGACUUCGAACAACGGCAGAUAGCCCAAUCGAUCCGACUCGAGGAUCUCGUCCUGAGCCCCCUUUGCGAGAAGUAUUGACGCCUGUUGGUGAGGCCCCAUCUCGACCUGCUUGGGAUCCAUACAAUCCUCACCACGCGAUAUGUUAUUUCUACUUCAACAAUGGAUCUUGCUCGAAGGAUAGACGUUGCAAGUUCAUUCAUAGUUUAGAACCCAGCUUGCCCGUUGCACCAUCCGUCCACGAGCAAACCAAAAUAUUUGCAAAAACUCCCUGUUUGGAUUUUCAGAAAGGCUUCUGUAAAUACGCAUCUACUUCGGAAUGCAAGUAUUCACAUCCUAUCGAGCCAACAGAGAAUAUUACGCGUGCCACUGUCAAUCCUCCCCGACAGGAAGGAGCCUCUCACACUGUUUCACGGGUCAAUUCUGUCUCUGAGUUAGCAAGCAAAGCCGCAAGCGAACCUCAAACGACAACAAACAAUUCAACGAGUUCAACACGAGGACCAGCAACAGAAUAUUUCCACGCUAUUGCACCAUCUACGCCAAAGUCCCAGACACGACCUUCGUGGAACCCAUCCGACCCUACAAACUCGAUAUGCUAUUUCUGGCACACAACGGGGAAAUGUAUUAAAGGCGACAACUGCCCCUACGGCCAUAAUAACGAUCCAAAUUUAGCUCUCGCCCCUUCUCCAAAAGAGCAGGCUACUAUACGCAGUACCGCUCUGCCUAGCGCGGGCGCGUGCCCAGAGGAACGCGGUUGCCAAUAUAUCCACAGUAAUGACCCGAACCUGGCUGUUGCCCCUUCACCUUUGGAAAUUACCGGUCGGCCUGCCUGGAAGCCAAGAAAUCCACUCAACGCAAUAUGCUACUUUUUAGCUAGCACGGGGUCAUGCUCUCAGGGAUCUAGGUGCAAGUUCUUUCACAGUAACGAUCCAACCUUACCUAUUGCUCCUUCGCCUUCACUCAACGAAACGAUGGGCCCCCCGGAAUAUGACGACCGCGGACGUCAAACCUGCAGAUAUUGGCUACGAGAUGACUGCAAGUACAGCAACAAUACAUGCAGGUUUUGGCAUGGUCCCUUCUCCCCCACCAAGCCAACGCCUACCGGUCCGCGGGUGAAGUCAGUUUCGUUCGCCAUCGACGAGGACAUGCCUCUUGUCGAAGAGCCUGAGGUUCAGAUUGCGUCACAACCUAAAAACCAACCCUUCGAACCUCCACCCGAAUUGCCCAAUCCAUCCUCUGAUACCACAGCCCCCGCUCCGAAAGCAAAACAGAAAAUCAAGAUGGAUGAUUACCGUCGCAUGAAAGCUUUUAAUGAACUCGGAGACAGAGCUAAGGAAGUCACCUUUGGUAUCGACGAGACACAAUCUCUUAUGCUCGAUUUUGGAGACAUGAAUCAAGUGCUUGAACUGCCCUGGGGACGUUCCUUUACCAGUGUCACCAAAGUUCGAUUUGAUCAGAUGUGUAUUGCACAAGACUUCCAGGCACAGCAAGGACUUCUACAGCGUCUCGGACUUUGGCAUGGAAAUUUGCUUCCAGCCGAUACUAGCGAUCCGGAAGCAGUCAAGUCUAUUGACAAGGCGGCAGACGAGCUCGUUCGCAAAUCAGCUGGGUUAUUCUCAAGCUUCCCAAAUUUUCUGGCCCUCGUAUUUCCGGCCAAGAAAGACGAAUGGAAAUUCCUCGAGACCACGCUCGAUUAUCCACAGGACGCGAGAGCGAGACUCCGAUACUUUAUCUUCCAAUCCGAUGUAGACAUCAGACAAUCCUUGAAGAUGAACCCGACCAGCUUAGCCAUCGGAUCUCCCUACAGAGAUAUCCUCGUCGACAGGGUCCAUGGACUAGACUUCAAGAAGCUGCUCCCAAUUGCCAAAAAGUCAAGACCACCGAAUUUCUACUUGUUGUUCCCAUCGACAGCAUCUCAAAGUGCAGAGUUCAUCAUAUCAUGGCUUCGCUCCAAGCGUACCUGCAAGAUCUACAGUAGCCAAAUCGAGGGGUCAUGGAACUAUUUCACUCACACUCCCGAGAUCGAUAAUGGGAUUAUUUUGGUUCACGAAUCAGCUGCGGCCGAACUUUAUCGACUUCCGAAUUUAUACUCUAUUGUGGUCGAAAAGAGAUUCACUUUUUGGUAUCUCUCGGAAAGCAACUCCCCAUACCCUCUAUUCCCGUCAACAUUUUACGAUUUUGACGAUUCAACUAUGGGUCAGCUUAACGCGAUACGACUCUUCCCUCAUGGUUGUGCUUUCCUGCUUACUCCAAGUUUUCUCGUUGCGGAACCUCAUAAUGCGUAUCAAAUCCUGAACUGGUUUAUCCUUGGGGGAGGAAAGCCAAAAUACCUGUCAUCUACACCGAGAACCUGGAAGCUAGUGUGUUGUUAUAAUUUUGCCGAUUACGUUCUUGAACUUGCGAACUCCAAAGCUACCGAAAAGGACGCCUUUGAAUUGAAGUAUCAGAAUGAUCCAGCAAAGGACGCAAAAUUAUAUGACGCAGGCCUUAGUUUUAAUGAGUGUAAUCUCAGGUAUAAACUGCACAAAUUACUAGUGGAUUUUGAGUCGAGACGAAGCCUGGAGAGCAUCUCCGAGUUCGACUCUGACUGUGACGAGUCGGAUUAUCCAUUUAUCCAUGCGAAUAAGCAUAUUGACCCGGACGACGAGAAGGGGUUGGUCGAUUGGUAUGCGGCAUGGACUAUGAGAAACUUGGAUAUGUAUAUGAAGUUUAUCGUGGUUGGUUCCUCG